AUGAGCGGCGCCAGUGACCCCGAGCGGGAGCAGGCGCUCGAAGACUAUAAAAGGAGCUUGUUGGAGCUACGAGAAUGGGAGUCCAAGCUGAAGUCGCUGCGCAUGGGGAUCAAGGAUCUUCAGCGAGAGUUUGAUGUCUCCGAAGACAACAUCAAGGCACUACAGAGUGUUGGUCAGAUCAUUGGUGAGGUGCUGAAACAGCUGGAUGAGGAACGAUUUAUUGUCAAGGCGUCAUCGGGGCCCCGGUAUGUGGUUGGGUGCCGUUCAAAGGUCGACAAGGCCAAGAUGAAGCAGGGUACCCGUGUGGCCCUGGAUAUGACAACUCUUACCAUUAUGCGGAUGCUCCCUCGUGAGGUCGAUCCGCUGGUGUACAACAUGUCGUUGGAGGAUCCCGGGUCAAUCAACUUCGCUGGAAUUGGUGGUCUGAAUGAUCAGAUCCGAGAGCUGCGAGAGGUCAUUGAAUUGCCGCUGAAGAACCCCGAACUGUUCUUCCGAGUAGGCAUCAAGCCCCCCAAGGGUGUCCUGCUCUACGGUCCUCCGGGUACCGGUAAGACGCUGCUUGCCCGGGCAGUGGCCAGCUCAAUGGAGACCAACUUCCUGAAGGUGGUCUCUUCCGCAAUCGUCGACAAAUAUAUCGGUGAAUCCGCUCGGCUGAUCCGAGAAAUGUUCGGUUACGCAAAGGAGCACGAGCCGUGUAUCAUCUUCAUGGACGAAAUCGACGCCAUCGGUGGUCGACGAUUCUCGGAGGGUACAUCGGCAGAUCGAGAGAUUCAGCGAACACUGAUGGAACUGCUCAACCAGCUGGAUGGCUUCGACUACCUUGGAAAGACAAAGAUCAUCAUGGCCACCAACCGACCGGAUACCCUGGACCCGGCUUUGUUGCGUGCCGGUCGUCUGGACCGGAAAAUUGAAAUCCCCUUGCCUAAUGAGGUUGGCCGUCUCGAGAUCUUGAAGAUCCACACCAGCACAGUAGUAGUGGAUGGCGAUCUCGACUAUGAGAGUGUGGUGAAGAUGAGUGACGGUCUCAAUGGUGCUGAUUUGCGUAACGUGGUGACCGAAGCCGGCUUGUUCGCCAUCAAGGACUACCGCGAUGCAGUUAACCAGGACGACUUCAACAAGGCGGUACGGAAGGUGGCUGAGGCGAAGAAGCUGGAGGGCAAGCUUGAAUACCAGAAGCUGUAA